CUUGUUAAAACAGUCGACGUGACUACAGUGGUUCAACCUGCUGAAAUUUCAUUUUUGGGUGAACUAACCCUUUAAUGUUAGUCAUUCACGUCAGUGCUCAGUAAACGUAUGCACACUGUUAUUAAUACCUUUCCCGCAUGUGCACCGAAAUAAAUUAGAAAUAUACAUCAUGAUCAAUAUACAUCUUUGAUGAACAUACAUUUGUUAAUGCUGAUGGUGAGGAAUUACAGUUGCAACAUCUUAUAAUGUACCUCAAACUGAGUAACAUAUCACUGAGAAAUGUCCUGCUCAAGUCAUCAAAUACACACAAAAUUACCUAAAAAUACCCAUCCUGCUGAGUAUUCUCAAACACAGACGGUUAUGUCUUAAAUUAACAUGAACAGUGGGGAAUAAAACAGAUGUGUAUCACUAUGAGAUCUGUGCAUUCUGUCUUAAAGUCACAGAAUUUUAACAAACAUGCUCAUUAAUGUUAAUCAAAAAACAGAGAAAAUCUCUCACUGCUCUCAUCUAAAUAACUUUUUUAGCUUUAAAAAGAGUCAGUGUAUGAUUAAUUCAUAAAGUAAAUAAUUUAUUUUUUUGCAUUGGUUGCUGACUGUUACUUGUUUACAUGUCUAUGCUUUUAUUUUCCUUUAAUCAAGUUGGAAAUGCCGCAUACAAGGCCUUUACAGGCCCACUUAGGGCUGCCAGCGCAGGGCCCCUGAGAAUUUGCUCAUUGGCAAAAUGUUGGCCCCUUAUCACUGGCCCUGCAUGAGCAGCCCUCACUUAGUCUCCAGGAAGCCUUAGCGCUGUUUUAUUGAAAAUAAUAAAGUUUGAAAUCACUGUUAUGGAGGUAAUCGCUUGCUUUAGUUGUUCUUCUGAAGAAACUGCAUACUCUCGGUACUUUUACAAUAAAUGUACAUACAUUUUUAAAGUAAAAAAAAAAAAAAAAUAAAAUAAAAUAAAACUUUGCAGGAUUUAAAAUGCUGAUAACCGUUAAAACACGUAAUCACAGUCAGUGAAAUGGGUCCAUGGUCUAUCCGGGCGAUAGGUGGCGGUAAUGCACUUAUGUGUCUGCGAUCCGCCGUAAAAAAAAAAAAAACAAGAAUAAAGACGUCACCACUACCGCCAUCACAGCGAGUCUCGAUGUGAGCAAUUCAUCGGUAAAUGCUGUAAUAUUCCCAUCAGCCUACAAGUGUAGAGGAUAGAGUUUGUGAAAGAAAAUGGAAAACAUGAAUGAUCCAGAACCCUGCCAAAUAAAGGAGGAAGAAACUGAAGAACAAAUAGACCUGAUAGAAGAGAACAGGGGGUUUGAAGAACUGAUUGAAGGAGAGGAGAAACCUCAAGUCAAAACUGAACCAGUAUCCAUGAAUCCUCCAGCUGAACCAGUAUCCAUGAAUCCCUCAUUGGACAGAGGAGAGAAAAUAUGUUUCUUUUGCCCAGAGUGUGGAAAGAGUUUCACAUGUGAACAAAAUCUUAAUCUUCACGUAAAAUUUCAUCGUGGAGGAAAGCCGUUUGAAUGUGAUCUGUGUGAUAAGAUUUUCACAAUAAAAGCAAACCUUGAUGAACACAGGAAAAUCCACUCUGGGGAGAAUACAUACACAUGCGAUCAGUGUGGGAAGUGUUACGCACAGCAAGGAAUCCUUGACGAACACAGGAAAAUACACUUUUUAGCAAAGCCGUACACAUGUGAUCAGUGUGGGAGGAGUUUCCCUUAUCAAGGAAACCUUAACGAUCACAUGAGGAUCCACGCGGGAGAGAAGCCGUACAUAUGUGAUCAGUGUGGGAAGUGUUAUGCACAACAAAGAAUCCUUGACGAACACAGGAAAAUACACUUUUUAGCAAAGCCGUUCACAUGUGAUCAGUGUGGGAGGAGUUUCCCAUAUCAAGGAAACCUUAACGAUCACAUGAGGAUCCACACUGGAGAGAAGCCGUACAAAUGUGAUCAGUGCGGUAAGAGUUUUGCACAAAAAGGAAACCUUAACUUGCACAUAAAAACCCACAGUGGAGAGAAGCCGUACAAAUGUGAUCAGUGUGGGAAGAGUUUCUCACAUAAAGGAAACCUGAAUGUACACAUGAAAAUCCACACUGCAGUGAUGCUGUACACAUAUGAUCAGUCUACGAACAGUUUCACUCAAAUAGGAAACUUUACUGUACAAAUGAAUAACCAUACAAAAGAGAAGCCAUUCAUAUGUGAUCAGUGUGGGAAGAGUUUCACACAUAAAGGAAACCUCAAUGUACACAUGAAAAUCCACACUGGAGAGAAGCCGUACACAUGUGGUCAAUGUGGGAAGAGUUUCAGACAUAAAGGAAACCUUAACGAACACAUGAAAAGCCACACUGGAUUGAAGCCGUACACAUGUGAUCAGUGUGGGAAAAGUUUUGCACACAAAGCAACUCUUAAUGAACACAUGUCAAUCCACACUGGAGUGAAGCCACACGCAUGUGAUCGUUGUGGGAUGAGUUACGCGCGAAAAGGAGCCCUUAAGGAUCACAUGAAAAUCCACACUGGAGAAAAUCUGCACACUUGUAACCAGUGUGGAAAGAGUUUCAUAAAGUCAGGUGUUUAUAAAGUACAUCUGCUUAGUCAUUCUAGAGAAAGAGUUUAUAACUGUGAGCAAUGCGGUAAAAAAUUUUUUAGGCCAGAUUUCCUAAGGGACCACCGGAAAGUUCAUACAAAGGAGAGGCCUUGCGUCUGUUAUUUGUGUGGAAAGGGUUUUCGUAAUAUGACUGCAUUAAAAAUACACCAGAAAAGACACAGCGGUGUAAAGGAUCAUGCUUGCUCAGAGUGUGGGAAGCGUUUUUUUACAGAUGGUGCACUGAAAGUGCACCAGACAGUUCACACUACAGAAACGCCUUACAAGUGUUCACACUGCGACAAGAGAUUCAAACGGGCAGAGUAUCGGAGAAUACAUGAGAAGAUCCACAGUGGAGAGAAGCCGCAUCACUGCCAUCCAUGUGGAAAGAGUUUCACUCAUUUAUCUACUCUAAUCGGUCAUAAAAAAAAAAUGCAUUCAUGAAAUUAUAGUAAGUAGUUCGCAUUCUGAAUCUGUACUUCCACGUGUGAUGCUGUGUAGUGCUGCGUCAAUUGUCGUUUUGAUAAUCGAUUAAUCAAAUUAUUAGAAUGCAUGUUCAUUAUUUCACAGAUUAAUUAGUUUAGAUUUGAUUAUUCUGCUUAUGCACUUAGUUAAAAUAGUGAGUUAUACCCGUUCUAACUAAUAGAUGAAACAACACUUCAGGUUUUAAGAAUGUCUUUUUAAUAAACUUCUCGUUAAAUAAAUCUUACGGUUUUCUGUCCUCUUUAGAAGUCAUCAAUAUGCCAACUGCUGAAGGAUCAAAGCAACUUGUGUUAUUUUACAGUUUUUCACAAUUGCUAAGACACUGAUUAACAAGUUCAGGCAGUUAGAGACUAUUUGCAAGUCUCAUGCACUCAUAGCAAAACUCUAAACAUUCUCACUCACUAAAACAUGUUGUUGCAAAACUGUAAACGCAAGCUGCAAAAGUUAAACCGACUAAAACGCAGUUGUCAUUAUUUACACACAACUACUCAGAUUUGUUCACACUUGUUUCUAAUAAUGUGAUCAAGCCAUCUGUACAAAAUAAAAGCUAGAUCAGAGUGCACAGGUGCACUGAAUGUUGAUUCGAACAAUGUAUGGAAACAUUUUGAGAGUUAGAGGAAGAAUACGUGUAAUAGAUGGUGAAUGAGGAGAAAGGGGAUAGAUUCAUCAGACCAGAGGAUUUUACCUUUGCCUGACAAGAGAUGAACAUUGCCUAUUAUUUGGACAGAGUCAAUACAAUACCUGCAGUACAUACAGUAUACUCAUUUGCGAUUUACAAUUUCAAAAUUUGUUUAAUGUACGCAAUAUAUGGAUGCUGUGUUCUCCUUUUUUAUUUUUUAUUUUUGGAUGUAGUUUCUAAUGAAUGAUCUGUAAUGUUUAUAUUAUUGACUGAUGUAUGAUCUGAAAGCUUUGAUUUUGAAAAUGGUUUUGAAGCAAUUGUUAAAAAAAAAAAAAAUCUAAGAGCAACCAUACAUCUGUUGUUUUAUUUUUUAAUACAAUUUAAUUUUAUAAUCAUUAGUCAUUUAUGUAAUUGUCAUUUGAUUUAGCAUUUAAUCAUUUUAUUAUUCAUUUGUCACUUUAUAUUUUUUUAUUAUUUUACUUAUUUCCUUGCUCCUGCAAUGCUUGCUAUUGUUGUUUGUGGUUUGUAAGAGAUUCAAUGUGUUUAAUGUCACAGGACGAUGUUGUGAAGCAGUAAUUUUCCAUUGUUUUUGCUUUGGUAUAAUAAGGCCUGUCGGAAUUGUAUUAAGUCUGAGCAUUGAGAUAUUGACAUUCAGAUGAAGUCUGAGCAUUGAAAUAUAUGAAACUAAGAUUAUCCAAUAAACUUUGCUCUUUUUAUUAUCAUCA